GGCGUAAUUACACACAGAGCUGACAUGCCAUUAACACAAGGAAGUGUACAGACAUCAAUUGAAUACAUGUACAAUGCAAUGAGAAUGUUUCCUGAAAUAACUGACUUACUUGAAGCUGGAGAAUUUAGUUAAAUCGUGGUUCACAAAUGGAAGCAAUUUGUGACAACAUCGGGAUGUUCAACAUACAGGUAGUUUGGACAUGCAACGUGGAUGAUGGAAGCAGCAAAGACCAGACGAACCAAAAACAAGGGAGUGUUGAUGCACACGCAGGCACAGCAUCUGCAGUGAAAACGGCAAGUCAGGUGAGCAGUCCAUCUACGAAAUCACAGGAAGGCAACUUUGUAGAUUUAUUUCGGUCUGAAGAUAGAAGUCAGAGAGAAAUUCAGCCUAUCAGUGAUGCUGUCAAAGAGAAGGUUGCUGUCACACCUCUACAUUCAGAUGGGCUGCACAUAUGUAAUGGAACACAGCUAGAGUGAGAACAUAUAGAAUAUUAAUUAAAUAAAUGGAAUUCCUCCU